AUAUAUAAUAAUACUACUAAUUCAUCGCGUUGUUUUCAUGGCUUCCUUUAUGGAAGACAUAAAAUUUCCUCACCUAUCCAUCCCUGUAACCAUCAAACACAAACAGGUAGUACUUCCUGCAGGCCCGAUCCCUGUCAACAACAAUGACACUCUCUAUCUCUCCAACUUGGACGACACAGUUGGUUGUCGAGUUUUCACCCCAACUGUUUAUUUUUACCACUCAACUCCAUCCAUGAGCAAGCACGUGGUAGAAAAACUACGCGAUGCUCUGGCUCUUGUUUUAGUCCCCUAUUAUCCCUUUUCAGGGAGGAUUAGGGGGACUAACAAUGGAAAAUUAGAGAUAUUUUUCGGCCCUAAUCAAGGUGUCCUUAUGGUUGAAGGGUACUCAUCCAUAGCCUUAACUGACUUAGGAGACUUGUCAAUCCCAAACCCUUCAUGGUCACCACUGAUAUACAGGUUCCCUGAUGAAGAGCCCUACAAAGUCAUUGACAUGCCUUUGUUAAUAGCUCAAGUGACUUAUUUCCGUGAUGGAGGGUUUAGCCUUGGUUUAAGAAUGUGCCAUUGCCUUUGUGAUGGUAUAGGUGCAAUGCAGUUCUUCAAUGCUUGGGCUACCACGGCUAGAGUUGGGACUUUAGUCGCGUCUCCUAACCCAUGUUGGGACAGGGAAUACUUCCUUCCUCGCGACCCUCCACUGAUAAAAUAUCCACACUUUGAGUUCAUGAGUGUCGUGGAUGAAUCAAACUUGACUAGCUCGCUCUGGGAAGUGAAGCCGGUACAAAAAUGUUAUAAAGUUUCCAGAGAGUUCCAAGAACAAGUCAAGUCCAUGGCUCAAGAAACCAGUAAAGAUAGUAAAUACACAGCAUUUGAUGCUAUGGCUGCUCAUGUGUGGAGAUCUUGGGUGAAAGCUCUGAAUGUAAAGCCUUCAGACUUUGAGUUACGCCUCACUUUCACUGUCAACACCCGUCAUAUGCUCAAGGACCCUCCAUUAAAGGAUGGAUUCUAUGGAAACGCGGUGUGUGUUGCUUGUGCCACAAGUAAAGUAGAAGAACUUAUCAAUCACCCACUCCCUUGGACAACUGAUUUGGUUCACAGAGCAAGGGUUGGUGUUAAUGAAGAUUAUCUGAGAUCCACAUUGGAUUAUGUCGAGGUUAGAAGGCCUAAAACGCUAGAGUUUGGAGGUAAGUUGACAAUAACUCAAUGGACAAGGUUUCUACUAUAUGAAUCAGCUGAUUUUGGAUGGGGAAGACCUGUUUAUGCUGGUCCUAUUGAUCUGACUCCAACUCCUCAGGUUUGUGUGUUUCUGCCUGAAGGUGGGAUUAAUGCUGAUGGCAUGUUGGUUUGCCUUUGCUUGCCACCAACCGCCUGUAAGAGGUUCGAAGAACUCUUCUGCCUCAUUGAGAACAGAGCCUAGAUCAACAUUGAUAAAGUACCACUAUAUAUCAAAUAAACUCAGUUUGUUUGCUUGACCUUACAUUGUAUUAAGACAGUUGUUUUUUAUCAUAAUGUAAAAGUUGUUAUUUCAA